CUCUACGUUUACACACAAUUCUCCUGAAUAACAUUAUCCUCAUUCACACAUCAAUGGGUCUCUUCGAAUUCGAACCAUCGUCGGCUCAAAAAGAGUUGUUGGUACCGUCCUACCAUGCCCCUUUGCCAUCAGAAUCGUCUCCCGAUCAAAACUAUGUCGUUUUCCCCAACUACCACAGUUUGAGGAGAAUCCAAUGGUGCGAUCGACGACGUGUACUGUACGCGGCUGCCUUUGUGUUGUUAGCUGCCUUGGCGUUCAUAUUCUGGCCAUCUGAUCCCGAAAUUAAGAUCGCACGGGUGCACGUAAACCGUAUGCAAGUCCAUACUAAGCCCAUAGUAACAUUAGAUAUAUCUUUGGUGUUGACAUUGAAAGUGAGGAAUUGGGAUGUGUAUACCAUGGACUUCACCACCUUGGAUGUUGCGGUAGGGUACAGAGGGAAGACGCUGGGCCACGUGAAGUCGGAGCACGGUCAUGUGAGGGCGAUGGGGUCGUCGUAUGUAGAGGCAGUGCUCGAACUUAACGGGGUCGAGGUGUUUUCCGACGUGGUUUAUAUGCUUGAAGACUUUGCCAGAGGAACUAUCCCCUUCGAUACUGUCACGGAAUUCGUAGGGCUGCUUGGUUUUUCCUUCUUUAAGUUCCCUUUGAAGGCAAAAAUAUCAUGUGAAAUUGUGAUAAAUCGAUCAAGUCAGAAUAUCAUUCGCCAAAAUUGUUACCCCUCGGGAAUGAACUGA